AUGCUCUGCCAUGCUGCUCCAAGGAAAGUCCUCUUGGAUCGUCACAGUAUCGCGGUGGACGAGCCCAAUUUCCUGGACUACGUCAGCUGCAAGGAGCAGCCGAAAGGAAUCUGCACCUUGACGUUGGUCCUCACGCCCGAUGGAAAGGACAUGGGGGCCCUCGUCUUUGACAACGAAUGCAGCAAGGUGAUCGGGCUCGCUCACAGUAUCCACUGGGACGAGAAGACGGCGUUUCCUCCCGGCGCAUUCCGGGGAGACCUCUCCGUCGAGCCGCGGAAGGACGGCAAGCCGACCUACUGGCUCAACGACGAGGAGUCUGGCGGUGACGUGGAUCUCGCCUGCUCGCCUUGCGCCCAGUGGACUCUGGAAGACGGCCCGCGCGUCAUCAGCACACUUGAGGCCAUCCGUGCCGACUUCGAAGCCCAAGCAGUCGAACAGGCUUUCGACCGCCGUUUCCCAGGACGAACCCUCAGUGGGAUCCCCGACGGGCUCGAGGGCCCCGGUGAAUCCUCAUCAUCUCUGAGUCCUGGAGUUCCCCCGGCCCCUUCUUGUGCUGCGCCUGUUCCUCGGAAGGAGUGGCUCUUCGGGACGAUGAAGGUGUCAUUGGGCGAGGCGGCAGCUCUGGUCACGGACAAGGGCAGUAAAACUGGGAAUGGUUACACCUAUGGUGUACGAGCCACUCCCUGUCGCGAGCCCGGCAAGCCGUGGUAG